AACUAUUUUGCUCAAAUUUUCUAGGCUACAAGGAUUCUAGAUAAGGCAAAGGGAGAAAAAACAUGUGGUAGUGCUAGGCCUAGGACAAAGAUUCAUGUCAACUCAAAACUUUAAAUCCUCUAUAUAAUUGUAACACCUUCAAGGGUGUGAAACCUCUCCUUCACCUUGAAGUUUGUUUGUAGCACACAGGCAGAGCUCAAAUUUGAGAAUGGACAUGGAGGUUCUGGAUACAGAACAAGAGAAUACUUCACAUGAAGUUACUAACAACUUAACACAGUCUCGGCCAGGGCCGCCCCAUGAUUCUGUUUUCCUCGUCUUGUCUCGCCUUCCCCUAGUUGAGCUUCUCUCGAUGAGCCUGGUUUGCAAAUCACUCAAAGAUGCUGUAGAUGAUGAUAUAUUGCUAUGGCUCAACAUAUUUGUUGACAAGCCUUUGAAUUCUCGUAUUUCUGAUCAUACUCUGAUGGAUAUUACGUCUAAGGCUAAUGGUCGUCUCAAAUCUCUGGCACUCAUCGAGUGUCUGCAGAUAACGGAUGCUGGACUUGAAGCUGUCGUAGCAAAGAAUCCUCUCAUCAACAAGCUCUAUGUACCUGAAUGCACCAGUCUAACAGCUGAAGGAAUCAUUAGAGUCGUCGAGAUGUUAGCACAGCACAGCCGCAAACCUAUACUUCUGAAGUUAAAUGGUAUCCACGACAUCAAUAGUGAACACCUUGAGAUUAUUCGCGCUCUAAUCCAAUUGAACCAAAGACAGCAGAUGAAGUUCUACCACAAGAGGAACCAGUAUUUGUUGGAUUUCAACGAACAAAGUGAAACUAAUCCUGAUAUUGACCUUGACACCUGUCCGAAAUGCAGUGAAGUACGGAUGGUGUUCGACUGCCCAGAUCAGAUGUGCAGGCAAAAGAGCGAAGGAAACGUGCUGAGUGCUUGUCGUGGAUGUCAAUAUUGCGUUCCAAGGUGUGAAGAGUGUGGCAGAUGCGUCACAGAUUCUGAAGAACGAGAUGAAGCCGAGGCAGCUUGCAAUGACAUCUUGUGCAUGGAUUGCUGGUUUCGGCUACCAAAAUGUAAUUUCUGUAAUAAGCCAUAUUGUAAGCUACAUGCUCAGAAGAAGCAGAGUCUUCCAGAGUCCUCUGGGUUUUUAUGUGAAGUAUGUUAUUCAGACUUCAUAUAGAAGGUGACAGAUGGAGAUGUAUACAUAAGCCCUCUGUAUAAUUGUUACCAUGAUAGUAGCUUCAAAUUUUAAUC